AUGCCCAAUGACAAAGAUGGACCAUUGCCUGAAGGAUGGGAGAUGAGGAAAAGCCGAUCUACAGGUAUGGCUUAUUUUCUCAACACUUAUACGAAGAAGUCUCAGUGGGAACGGCCUGACGCCCCUGCAGACCCAGGUGAGGUCAGAUGCAGCCACAUUCUAGUAAAACAUGCGGGUAGCCGUCGUCCUUCCUCGUGGCGUGAAGAAAACAUCACUCGUAGUAAAGAAGAGGCUCUGGAAAUCCUAAAGGGAUAUAGAAAGCAAAUUGUUGCAGAAGAAGCAACAUUUGUUGAUAUUGCUUCAAAGUACUCUGAUUGUUCUUCAGCUAAGCGUGGUGGUGAUCUUGGUCUGUUUGGUCGAGGACAGAUGCAGAAGCCAUUUGAAGAAGAGGCUUACAAGUUAAAAAUCGGUCAGCUCAGCAAGCCUGUUGAAACUGACUCUGGAGUACAUAUCAUUCUCCGAACUGCUUAA